AUGGAAGCAAAAGGUAAUAUGAGCAUCAAGUCAUUAGAGAGAGUGGUUUCAGAGAAAGCAUUAAAGCUUGGAAACUCAUUUCCAUGUCAAAUCUGUGUGGUUGGGUUUCUAUGUGGAAUCUGUCUCACUUCACUCUUCUUAGCUGCUCUCACUUCUCUUGGAACCUUCGAGCUCGCUGCAUUCUCCUCUGCUUUUCCUCCAUGCAAUUCCACAACUCAAAUAAUCAAUAUGGUUGCAAGCAUAGACCAUAAACUAAAAUGGAAGAACAAAGCUGAGACAGGUGAAGAAGAUGAUGAUGAUCAAGUGAAACUUUUGGUCUCUGCUUGGGACAACUUAUUACUAAACAGCCAAGACUUUUUAAAGAAAGUAGGGAUGAACAAAUCCGAUGUACCAAAUGCUCCACAUUUGGAGAAUUGCGAGGAGAGGUCACGAGUUAGGGAGCGUUUGGAUAGACAAAUAGCGAAUGAGACAUUGCCUCCUUGGACUAGUACACAUCAUCCUCCUUGGAUCAAUGGAGGAGAUGAGGAGAACUAUCCAUUAACGAGGAGGGUGCAAAGUGAGAUAUGGAUUCAUCAGCAUCCUUUGAACUGUGAAAACAAGAGUUUCCUUGUGGCUGAUUGGGAGACACUUCCUGGUUUCGGAAUUGGCGCUCAGAUCGCUGGAAUGACUGGCCUUCUUGCAAUAGCUAUAAACGAAAACCGAGUGCUCGUUACAAAUCACUAUAACAGAGCAGAUCACCAUGGGUGCAAAGGUUCUUCACGAGGAAGCUGGUCUUGCUAUUUCCUACCGGAAACAUCUGAAGAGUGUCGGAAAUGGGCGUUUGCCGUGAUGAAGAAGAGAGAAGCGUGGGAGAGUGGAAUUGUUACAGGGAAACAUAACUACAGCUCAAAGAAGAUUUGGGCUGGACCUAUACCAAAGCUAUGGGGUACGCCUUGGAGUUAUAUGAAGCCAACUACAGAAAUCAACGGAACUUUAAUCUCUGGUCACCGGAAAAUGGACCGGAGGUGGUGGAGAGCACAGGCAGUGAGAUACUUGAUGAGAUUUCAAACAGAAUACACUUGCGAUUUGAUGAACGCUGCCCGACAUUCUGCCUUUGGAAAAGAAGCUGCCGAGAUUGUUCUCUCCUCAGGAAAAUGGCUCAAGAAUAAGAAGAUUCGGACAGAGAUUGAGGAACAAGUAUGGUCGAAUCACAAGCCGUGGAUUCCAAGGCCGAUGCUGAGCGUGCACGUGCGAAUGGGAGACAAAGCUUGCGAGAUGAGAGUCGCAGCUUUGGAAGAAUAUAUGCGUUUAGCUGAUCGGAUCAGAGAUCGGUUUCCUGAGCUAAAUAGGAUCUGGCUCUCUACGGAGAUGAAGGAAGUUGUGGACAGAAGUAAGGAUUAUGAAAACUGGAGAUUCUAUUACACGGAAGUGCCGAGACAAGUAGGUAAUAAAUCGAUGGCUGAGUACGAAGCCAGCCUCGGAAGAGAGAUGAGCACGAACUAUCCUCUUGUUAACUUCUUAAUGGCGUCAGACGCUGAUUUCUUCAUCGGAGCUUUGGGAUCUACUUGGUGUUUCCUCAUCGAUGGUAUGAGGAAUACUGGUGGUAAAGUCAUGUCCGGUUAUCUCAGUGUUAAUAAAGACCGGUUCUGGUAA